GAAAGAUCAAGUGUAUGAUUUUUGAUGCGGGAACUGCUUCUGAGACACCACCUCUGUCCACAACAAGUACUGGAAUGGCCAAAAUACAACUGAGCCCAAAGGAUAUAACUCAAUUUCGUACGGCUUUGAAAUGCUACGAGACUAGACAAUACAAAAAGGGUCUCAAGGCUAUUGAGUCUGUAAUCGAAAAACAUCCUGAACAUGGCGAAUCGAUCGCUCUCAAAGGUAUCCUUCUUCAUUCAUUAGGACAAAUUAAAGAAGGUUAUGAGAACGUUCGACUCGGCCUUCGUCACGACGUUGCUUCUGGUGUUUGUUGGCAUAUCUAUGGUCUCGUUUGCAAAGCAGACAAAGAUUAUGUACAAGCAGCAAAGUGUUACAUCAAUGCUCAAAAAUUGGAAAAGGGAAAUACUAGCCUUUUGCGUGAUCUUGCCCUUUUGCAGAGUCAGCUUCGUCAAUUCAAGCCUUUGGCUGAUACAAGAAACACACUUUUGCAAGCCAACCCCGGCGUUCGAGGUAAUUGGAGUGCUUUGGCUGUAGCUCAGUAUCUUCGUGGCGAGUUCGCUAGUUCGUUUAAAAUUUUGGACGCUUUUGAGACUACUAUUAGCCAAGGAAUUCCCGUUGAUCCCCAGGAGGAGUCCGAGUCUCAACUUUUUAUCAAUUUGGUUAUUUUGAAAAAAGAUGGAACUGCUGCUGCUUAUGAGCACCUGCUUUCCGAAGAAAAGAAAAUUUUAGAUCUUACUGCAUUUUUGGAGAUCAAGGUUGGAUACGAAUUAACUUUGGAAAAAUUUGACGAAGCAAAGGCUACUUUGAUCAGGUUGUUGGAUCGUAACUCUGACAAUCACGACUAUUAUCACAAGUUGCAACAAGCUUAUGGUUAUGAAGAUGACAAGCACAAUGUACUCAACUUCGACAAGUGGCUCUCUCUGUAUGACAAAAUUUCUAUGCUUUAUCCUAAGUCUGAAUGUCCUAAGAGAAUGCCCUUGGAUAAGCUAUCUGGUGACUUAUUCGCUCAAAGAGUUGAUUCUUAUUUACGUGCCAAGCUUAAACGAGGAAUUCCCUCUGUAUUUGUAGACAUCAAGUCCUUAUAUGAAGAUGCGUCUAAGUGCAAAGUAGUCGAAAAGUUGGUUUCCGAUUAUGCAUCAUGUUUGUCGGAUCAUGCAAAGUUCUCGACUGCAGACACUGAAGUGCAAAUACCUACUACUCUGCUCUGGACAUAUUAUUAUUUGGCUCAACACUUUGAUUACACUCGAGAGUUAAGUCAAGCUGAACAUUAUAUAUCUUUAGCUCUCCAACACACUCCUACUCUCGUUGAACUUUACAUGACGCAGGCAAGAAUUUUUAAGCACCAAGGAAAAUUACAGGAAGCCAUGGAAGCUAUGGAUUUUGCUCGCAAAUUAGAUUUACAGGAUCGUUUUGUGAAUAAUAAGUGUGCAAAAUACAUGUUACGCAACCACGAAAAUGAACUCGCUGCAAAUACCGUCGGAUUGUUUACUAGAAAUGAAGCUGUCGGUGGUUCCGUGGGUGAUCUUGCCGAUAUGCAAUGCCUUUGGUAUAUGUUAGAAGACGCAAAGUCCUUUUAUCGACAAAAGAAGUAUGCUAUGGCAUUGAAGCGUUUCAACGCUGUUAUUUCUAUCUUUGAAGCUUGGGCUGAUGACCAAUUCGAUUUCCAUUUCUUUGCGUUCCGUAAGAACACCAUUCGUAAUUACCUGGACUUGCUCUCUUGGGAAGACGGUGUGUUUAAUAAUUCUGUAUUUUUUGAAGCUUGUCAGCUUGCUACUCAAAUCUAUUUGGAUCUUUUCGAUCACCCUUUUGCUCGCUAUGGACCCAAGCCCGCGGACUAUGAGAAGCUAUCGCAAGGAAAUCUUGAUGAGGAAGAGAGAAAGAAAUUAAUGAAAAAACUGAAGAAAGACAUCUCCAAGCGUCAUGAACGUGCAGAAAAAAUUAAAGAAACAGAUAAAGCUCGCGCAAAGUCUGAGGAUGGUACGCCUGUGAAGUUUGACGAAGACCCUCUUGGUGAAGAAUUGGUUAGCACGAGUACUCCACUACAAGACGCACAAAAGUACAUGGAUAAAUUGUUGUCAGUUUCAAAAGAAAAUCCAACAACCCUGCUAUUGGCCGCAAAGUUGUAUGGUCGUCAGGGUGACUCAGAAGCCGCGAACCGCUAUUUGGAGCAGGCAAGCCAAAUACUAGACCAAAAUCAUGCAUCUGUCAUAGAAGCAAAACAAUAUUUGACCACUAAAAAUGCUUAGAAUUUAAAAAAAUCGAAUGUUUCAUAUUUUUUUAAAAAAAAAGAACACGA